UCAUCAUCAUCAUCGUCAUCAGCUGCUUCAUUCAUGUCCUCGCGCGCUCUCCGCCACAGCUGGGCUCGUGCACGGUGGGUCGGCGCGCACAUAAAGGCUCGCGCUGCUGCUCUUUGACGUUUUCAUUUCAUCCAGAAGAAGAAGAAGAAGACGCAGGAGGACGUCAGCAGCAUGCAGAGUCUCCCGAGGCUCCUAUUGGUUCUUGUGACGCAGCUGAUACCUGCACAGAUGCUUCACCUUCCACCGGAGGGUAACUCCACAGGUAACACAGUGAUGAAGUUCGAGGAGGUUCUGGAGAAGAGCCAGUGUCGGCCGAUGGAGCAGCUGGUGGACGUGGAGCAAAACUUUCCUGAGGAGGUGGAGUUCCUGUACAAACCCGCCUGUGUGCCGCUGUGGAGAUGCUCCGGUUGCUGCAUCAACGAGGAGCUGGAAUGUCAUCCGACGCUUGAACGCAACAUCACUCUGCAGGUGAUGAGGAUUCUCCCCCCGGCGUCUGCACAACCUGUCCAACUCACAUUUGUAGAACAUCAGAGAUGUGAAUGCAGAGAACGGCAGCCACUUCAAAGUCAUAAAAGCAUCACAGAGUCUAUCAAGAACAGACCUCGGAGGCGGAAACACAAGAAGACAGCGAGUGACUGUGAAAAGUGCCAGUCCCCUCAAAACAAGAUAAAUCGUCACUGAAUGUAAAGGAGGGACUUUGGAGAUUCAACACAUAUGCACUGAUCAUAUCUGACUGUUCAUCCUGUCUGCACAUCAAUCCACAUCCAUCAACACGUCCUAUCUUCUCCUUGACAUUCUUUUCUUUUUUGAUUGAUUAUCAAAGCAAUAUACAGAUGAAUGACAAAUUAAAGGAAAAACUAAUAUAAAGUGCUGCCAGAAUAGCAUCAAGUGCUUCUUGCCAUUAAUUGUCCAUGUCUGUGGAACUCUACUGGAGGAAUGAACACCAUUCUCUAAAAAAAAAUAAGGACUCAUCUGGUGUUUUGGUGGUGGUAGUGGAGAGCUGUCUAACAUAUGACUGUGAAGGCCACAGCAUAUGAAUCCAAGGAGCCUCAGUACAAAAGCAGCUGGAUUUGCUUUUUACUGAAGUUUCCAAGAUUGACCAGAAGCUCCACAAACAUAGCAACACAGCACAUGACGGCCAUCAUUUAAAUCGAACCAUUCAGUGACCCCUUAUGUCCUGUGCGUUGAUGAGACUGAAAUAUUCCAUCACAGGAUAAACGUGAUCACUCAAAACGACUUUGUAUUGAUUUGCAGGGAACAAGUUGACCCAAACUAUGCCCCCCACAGAGCCACCAGAUCCCCUCACUGUGGGGGUCAAGGGUUCAGGUAUUUACUUUAAUUUGUCACUUGUCUGUAUAUCCGCAGACACCUUCUGGCCUUGAACGCAAUUUUUCACUAACCAAAACCAAUGCCAGUUUUAUUUUUAAACCUAGCUGUUCUAGCGUGAGGUGUUAAAAACACACAUACAUAACAGAUACGGAGUGGCCAUAGAGAUAAUGGAAUGCUUCAGCUUUUCAGUUGCCAGGGGAAAGGAUUAACGCCUCCAUCUAUUCUUAAGUGUUCACUGAUUAACUGUCAGAUUAAUGGUAACAUUCACAUGGAGGCCAGAGUUUUCCCCACUCAAUGUUUACAUUGCUAUGACACCAGUUCUAUUCCGAUGAAGGAAAUAUGUCAUCUGUGUGACUGUUUGUAUAUAAGUUGUUAUUUUUAUAGCAGGGCCUUUUGAUGAAUGCUCUGCCUAAUCAUGAGGAGUGAUAAGCUCAUGAAAUAAAAUUCACUCCAAAUACAA